CGGACCCGGAAGUGGUGUAAUAGUUACUCGCUCUGUGUUUAGUUUUUGAGUUUGAAAGCGGACUGUGUGUGUUUUCGCACAAAUGGAAAGUUGACCGCUCGGGAAUGGAAGAUGAGUCUUCCAUGCGUAUGAAUGUCACCGCUCAAAAUAUGCCCGGUUAUAUUGGACGCGACGGGGAAUCUGUCCAUGUAUCCAGCGGGACGCGGAGCACUGAUUUCGGCCGGGAUGUCCGUAGCAGCGACGCGAAGGUGCCAUCAUCAUUAUCGUUAUCCUCGAAGGAUGUUUUGGAAUGCCUGUGCAAACUAGCCCCUAGGGUUCGUUCCUACCUGCUGAGCCCUCUUCAAUCACGUAUUACCGUACUUCAGGGAUUGUUUAAGAAGGUGACGUUGCUUGUUGACUUGGAAGUACCUCAGGUUCACGUGGGUCGGGCACACUUGGUGUGUCCCAUCACAGAGUGCAGUGGUUUCUUGGAGGAUAGUUUGGUGAUUUCGAACCUGUCCAGUGAAGAGCUGACAAAAUAUAAGUACUUCUUGGAGCUGAGCAGACUGGACUCCAGCACCAAACCGUGUCCCCAGUGCAGCCUGUUUACCUCCCUGAAGGAUCAUAGCCAACAGACGUCCACCAAGAGUGAACAUAAGUAUAAGAUUCAGUGCACAAAGUGCCAGUUUGUCUGGUGUUUUAAAUGCCACGCGCCCUGGCAUGAAGGCCUGAAGUGUCGAGACUACAGGAAAGGAGACAAACUGUUGCGUCACUGGGCCAGCGUUAUCGAACAUGGCCAGAGGAACGCUCAGAAGUGUCCACACUGCAAGCCUGAACUCUUUUCUGUUGCUCGUUUCACAGUGAGUAAAGUGCUGGUGGCUCCAGUGGUCAUUGUCCUCGUGGUGGUUGUUGGAGCUCUGGCUUUGGUCAUAGGCUUGUUUGCUCUGCCUAUCUACUACAUCUGUAAGAGGAGGAGGAAGCGCUCACAGGGGUCGGGCCGCUGGCUGUGCUGAUUCAGCUUCAGUCAUCCUGCUCAGGACCUGGACACACAAACACACACCCUAAAAAUAGCCCUGGGUACCAAGUGACCGAACACUGGCCACUUAGAUACAACAAUCACAAUAUGCAGUUUUCCUGUUGGCUGCAUCUCGUGAAUAUCUUCAAUUGCACAGUGACCCUUUCCUCCACAUGGCGUCUUUGGCAUCAGGAUCAAAGACUAAUUGAGGAGAUUCUGUUUUUGGAAUGUUUUAUUUAUAACCCCCAAACUGAUUUGAAUUCAGUUCAUUUUUAGGAAUGGAACUACUGACUGGUAAUAAUUUCCUGCUGGAUGUGUUAUGCAGUGGAGCCACACAGCGUGAAUGAUUUUGUCCUUCAGUCUACUUAUGACGUGCAUCAGAUGUUAUAAUCUGUAAGCGCUUAGUGCUUGAUGAUGGUGAGUUGAUGAAUUAAUGUCUGUCCCUCUUGAUCCCCUCACUAUUCCUCCCUCCCUCCCCUUCAUGCUAUGCCGACAUCCGCAGGAAUUUGCAUGAUCAACAAAACACGUUUCUGUCUACUGCACUGUGAGUGUUUUUGAAAACAAAAGGCCCUGAAUUACAGGGCACCCGCAGCUCCACGCCAAGACAUGUAGGUCAUCUAGGUCAUGCAAAUCAGUACUGUGUCAUGCAAAAGUGUUGAGGUUCUGUGUUUGCACAAAUCUAAAGCUGUAAACCAAACACAAAAUACACUGUGGGGUCCAAUACUCUGA